AUGUCUGUGAAAAGAGAGCGAGAGGACGAAAUUGACACAGUCGAGCAACCAGGCCCAUCAAAUCCGAAUCUGUUUCAACUUCCAACGUACUACCCGUUGAACAAGAAGUUUAAAUCGGAAUUGCGACAACUUCAUCCCACGAAAACUAUGGAGACUUUGAUCAAAGAAACAGAUAAUACAUUGAUGGAGACCUUGUUCAAGUAUAUCGAUGCUAAUUUAGAACAGGAAGUCGAGAAGCUGGUUGAGAACAAGCUUGAUUUGGAAGAAUAUGAGUCAACAAAGAGGAAAAAGUAUAAGGAGGAUACGGUUUUGGAACAAGGAAAACGCGUCUUGAUCAAGCUGGGCCAGACUCGACGUCGACAAACAGCAUAUUUGACGGCCUUUCGUAAAGCUCGGACAGAGAUCUUGGAAAGGAAUGAGUCAGAGCUCCAAUUGGACGAUUUCGAGCACUACGCACAAAUGACCACAGUUCCAUCCCAGAUUCAUGAUCUAUACAAGGAAACCCUUUCAGCGAACUCCAAGGAGUUCAAAUCGGCAGGAGAUCGUAUGGCAAAGGCAGACGAGCUGGAAUUGAACAAGAAACUGUUUGUUUCCAUCAACCCUACAGAACCUAUUCCAUUUAAUGAUCAAGAAGACGACGACGAAAUCGAGAUUGGAGGUGGUAAGGUCAAUUUAACAUGUCCAAUCUCCAGAUUGAUUAUGAAAAAUCCCAUUAGAAACAACGUUUGUGGACAUACGUAUGACAAAGCAUCGUUGGCGAACUACAGGUCGACUGAAUGCCCCGAAUGCGGUCGGACCUUUUCGAAAACCGAUCUUGUUGAAGACACUUUGAUGAAAAUCAGACUAGCAGGGUAUAAACGGGAUGAAAAACUGCAAGAACUACAAAAGUCUGCUGCCGAUGAUGAUAUCGAUAAAUUAUAA